AGAAUAUGAAAUUUGGAGAGAACGAACCUCCAUGGGUACAAAAAUGUCAUAUUUACAGACAAGCAAAGAUGGAACACAACAAGGAAGAUCUUGGCAUAAAAUCAGGCGUGAAAAUGGACAUGAUAACUAGCAUUCGCAAUAUGUUACAAGACAUCCGAUACAGCAAUGCUAUCCGCGAGAUUGGAGCAAAGAAGUUUUACGUUUUUUACUGCAGCCCAGAACAAAUUUUCGUAGAAAAAGAAUACUGCCGAGUAAGAAAAGGAUUUUCUCGAAUUUGUCUAGAUGCCACGGGUAAGGUGGUAAAAAAAUUUGAAAUUAUCCCAGGGCGAAAAACUGGCCACAUAUUUUUAUACACGAUUACCAUCAAUUUUGAGGGUAAAACUCUUCCUGUGUACCAAAUGUUGUCGGAAAAACAUGACGCAGUUUUCAUCACAUUUUGGCUUCAGGAAUGGAUACGAGCAUGUAAGGCGACAAUACCAGACGAAGCUAUGUCUGAUUUAGGGCGUGCUUUGUUACUGGCUAUGUGUGAAGCAUUUAACCGCAUGACACUAAAAGAAUAUGUUGACGUUCUUUUCAAAUGGGCAACGAAAGACAGAUAUAAAACACCUCGGCCAUUUAACACUCUAAUAAGAGCGGAUGUGGCUCAUCAAAUGGCUGCUGUCGCCAGGUGGAAAUGUAUUAAAGAUCUACGCCAUCCUAUUGUCAAAGGUUUUUAUCUUCGUACAAUUGCUUUAAUGAUUGACUGUCAAACAGUGCAAGAGUUCGAACAUGUAUUUCGACUGACAUGCAUCGUUGCACUGCAUCUCGACCAAGAUGAAAGUAUAAUGGUGUCAGGAAAACAAGUGUCGGUUUUUGAAGCUAGACGCCUUCUGGAAGAGUACAUGGCUGAACAUGGACAGAUUAUCGAGGAGCUGGAGACGUCGAGAGAGAACGUCGAAAUUGAUGAGGAAGUUGAAAAUACUUUGAAUUCAGUUGAAGAAAAAGAUGAUAAGAAUUUAACCGUCACUCAUCAAUGGAUUAGAAGUCUUAUUUCAAUGUCCACACCUCCUGAUCAGCAAAAGAUGGAGUGCAAGGCUGUAAACGGUUUUUAUUUUUCGGAAUUCAUACAGUCACUUGAACGAAUUGCCAAAGAGUUUCCUAUAUGGACUGCAGCAGCCCUCCCUGGCAAACAAACGCAUGCGUCGACAGCUUCGCAGGAAGGAUAUUUUGCUGAAGUAAGGCAAAGAAUCUUUGAAGGUAUCCCUUUGCCGUGUUCUGCAAAUCGAUUUUUGAAAGAGCACAUUGAUGACUUGCAUUCUGGCACUAAUGAGGUAGCAGCAAAAUUAAAGCAUUUUAAUCACAAUCACAGGCAGCCGGUACCAUCUCCACAUACACCAGAGAAAGAAUCAGCCUCGCAAAAACCUAUUCGAGCUCCUAGUUCAUCUGUUAAAGAAUCGGAAUUCCCGCGAAAAGCUGCUCCAGUUUCAUGUUCAUUUGACGAAGAAUUAGGAUUCUUGUCGCAAGAACCCAUAUCAGAUUCAUGUUUACUCGACAAUGGAUUAGGAAUCUUCUUGCAAGAUCCCACUCCAACUGCAUGUGCAGCUAACGGAGAAUUAAAACUCACUUUGAAAAAAUCACCAUGUUCAGCAGAUCAACAUUCAGAAUUCUAUUCCCAAAUACCUGUAUUAUCUCCACCAUGUUCAGCAGGUAUUAAGUCAGCGCCUUCAGUACGAAAACCGGCAUCAGAUCCACGUUCAGCAGACGAAGGAUCAAAAUCCUCAUUGCAGCAGCCAUAUAUAAAUAUGAAUUUUAAUUCAAUAAGUCUAUUGCGCGAGAGGGCUCGCAUGAUGAAUGACUCUGAUUUGAAGAGUGGUGAAGCGUGGAAAGGACUUGUCAAUGAGGAGAGCUGUUUUGUAGACGUUAAUGAAAUAAGUCCUGAAAACCAAGAAGAAUCAAAAAAUAUUCAAGAUACUUCUCAAAUUCUCUCUGAAGUACUCGACCUUCAAAGCAGCGACAUCGCAAACAUUGAUCGAAAUCUUUUUAUUCAGCCAAAUAAUAAUACUCAUGGCUUUUCUAAAAAUUAUGAGCAAGACAAACUUUUUACAAAAAAGGAUCCACACGCUGAAUUGUCAACGCCAAAUUCAAAAGAAGUUAUUUUCUCAAGUACGCCAUUAAUCGACCAUAAUUAUUCGAAAUUAUUAUCAGAUGAAGAAGUAUCGACUGAAUUUCCUAAAGGUGACCAACAAAAUUUGAAUCCAAAAUGUAAUAAGAACAAACCUGAGAAAGUAGGUUUCUAUUUUCAAUCAUAUCCACAAAUACGAUUUCUCAACGAGAGAUUUGAUAAUGGAGGAAAAAGAGGUUUUCUUUUGAAGAAUGGGCUAAAAUUAGGAAUCAUAAAAGUUGGUAAUAUUGCUGUGGAUCUUCAAAAAACUUGUGGGUUUGAUGCCAUCAUCCAUAUAUUGCAAUUUGGUGCACUUUAUGAUUCUCGAUAUCAUUUUUUUAUACAGUCAUCGAAUAAUCGCGCAUUAAAAUUUGUAUGCAAAUUUAUGAAGAUGGGCCCAACUAUGGAAAUACUUCGUGAACGCAUUGUCCUUUUAAAUGAAUUUUAUCCGAUUGUAAAAGAUCCUGAAGCUCCAUCUAUCAAACCGCACAAGUUGAUUGCAGAAGACUCGAUUACUCAGAUAUGGAAGAAUCUCUUUUGUUGUUCCGAACCGACUGAGCCAAGUGCAAUUAGAUCGUCUGAAUGUAAUAAUCCGGAAUGUGUAUCGCCAUUACCAAUGGAUGUUGCAUACUUUGGAGUAAAUAUCAAAAUGAUAAAUACCAAAGGUAUUCAAGCAUUGCAAGAUGCUGUCUUAUUCAAUAAAAAUGAUUACCAGGGUAAGUGCCGACAAAAAAAAUGCCCAGGAACAGUUACUGAAACGACUCGUUCAAAUUUCCACAUCUUUAUUGAUUUGGAUACGAGGACACAUCGUAAGAAAACACAUGGUCUCAAAUACCAGUUAGCAGAUGUUCCAAUUACACUGAAUUUUAUAAAACAGUACCGCUUGAUAGGUGUCAUCGAACACAUUUCUGGUCACUUUAUUGGCUACUGUCAAAAACCUUCAGGACGAUGGCUGAAAUGUGAUGAUAUGCAAUUAAAUGUCGAAGGGUGUGACGAGACAGUAAUUACACCGAUUGGGGCCAUUUAUAUCGCGCUAUGAAUCUGAUGUGCAGUUGAAUCUAACUGAUUAUCUUAGAAGAGUGCAAUUAUGUCUAUAUUAUAGUCCGUAAAUGUUUAUUUUAUUAUAAAAUAACAAUUUGCUCAGUUCUUUCAUUUUAUU